AUGGAGGAAAAACUAAACUCUCCCUACACGGCUUCCUUUUCUUUACUGUCAAACUCCACAGCCCUGCGGCCAUCGGCCUUCACAGUGCCAGUAGCACAGGAAAUAGAUCUCAACUCACCGGCCACGAUGAUUGGUCAGUGUACGGAGAUGAUCCAGAUGGCUAUGCAGCAGAAGGUUGCACCUACUCAUCCUUGGCCACCUCACAAUCAGCCAGGAACGAUCGAGUGUCCCUUCGCAUCCGAACUGCUUGGGCUGAAAAGGACACGGACAAUCGUCUGCAGGAACCGGCCGUCUUGGCUCACAGAGCAGGACAGCCGCCUCACAGUGGAGAAGGCCCUGGCCAAGGCCAGCCAUUGGAACAUCGAGGGCAUGUGGAAUUUGGCCACCUCGCGCCUGGACACGGCUGCCUUGAGGUUGUGCUUGAAAUUGCGACACAGGCAGGAACUAGCGGCCACCUCCAUCCUCACAGUCCCCUCCCGCACAGCGAGGAAGCGGAUUUUGGAUCUCGCUGACUCGCUGAUUGAAGCAGGCGAUGAUGACGCCAAGGAGGAGAAGGCCAAGGACGAGAAGGACCCACUCCUGGAAAAGGAGGCCCUGAUCCCUCGCUGGAAAACGCUGGCCCUCGUUGACAGCAAGGAAGCAUGGCCCGGCAGGAUUGUGUACAAGUGGGCCGCCUUCUCACAGAACACCCACGACUGGAACCCUCACAGACCGGGUUGUCAGACCCACAUCCUGUCGGAGCAUGCCCCGAAGCUUCUGGAGUCAUGGCGCAAGACUUGGUAUGGCCAGUUGAGGCAGCACGUCAACCAGACCACCGUGGACCGUGGAGCAAAAAACAUUCUCCAAGGCGGCUGA